AUGUCGUCAGCGAUCGAUGCCAUGGAUUGUCAACAAAAUCACGUGUCGUUUGCCGUAAUGUCCGAUGUCUUGAGGUCCAGACACAGACACAGGACGUCAGCGACGAGUGGUUCGCCAGAAGAUAAUAGUCUAACGAAGACCCAGAGGAAUGAAAACGUGGAUUAUUUGGGUAUAUCUGCGGCCAAUCACCGGGAGGUGAGCGGUCUGUACGACAGCGAUGGCACCGGCGAUGACGUGAUCCACAAGUACUCGGAUCUCUUGCUCAAGAAGUCGGCGAAGAUGAGCGACGAGAACCUAUUGGUGACCACUUUUGGUAGAGUGAGACUCGACUCACUGAACGAGCCAUCAAUUCAUGGCCAAUACGAUGAAGACAAUGAACGGCCGAAGUUUGAUAUCAAAGAGUUUGAGUCCAAACUCAGUGAUCGUCGGAUGAACACUAGUGACCAACAAAAUCAAUCCGACAGUACGUCUGAAGACAAUAACUUUAUUGACGGCCAAUAUUUUGGUGGCGUUUCUACCGGUGAUCAUAAGAAAGUCGAUGACAACAGUUCCGCAGACAGUCACACGAGUGGAUCUGACUUUGGGUUCAUUGAGAAACAGUUUUUCGCGAAGAACACCGACAUUAAGCCAUUAAUUAAGAGUAAAAUUGAUUUCAAAUUCAGUUCACAAUUCAAUGAGUUCUUAGAGCAGAAGGCGGUCGACGAGCAGAAUAUGUUCCAG